AUGGACCAACUCGCCCCCCAAGUUGCUAGACGAAAGAAACAUCAUGGAUCGAAGAAGAAACCUUUGAAAGCAGGUCCUGAGAUAUCUAAAAAUGGAGUACCUUACGAUUAUAUUGUGAUUAUUGAUGCGGGAUCAAAAGGUUCGAGGGUUCAUGUGUACAACUGGUUAAAUCCCGGCAUGGCGUUAGACAAAAAAAUCAAUUUCAGUCAAACUAAAAAAUUGGUAAAAAUGAAAGAUGACUCUGAUGACGGUGAAGAAUCAGAGGCAGACGACGACAGUGAUGACGACGACGAAGAUCCUAAAGAAAACAAGCUACUAUACCCCAAAAUCAAAACAAAAACUAGAUGGCACAAGAAAAUCACCCCCGGUAUAUCUUCAUUCAACAAAGCACCUCACAAAAUUGGCAAACAUCAUUUAUCAAAAUUAUUAUCACGGGCAAGCAAAAUUGUCCCUAAAGCUCAACAUCAUCGUACUCCUAUCUUCUUACAUGCUACUGCUGGGAUGAGACUACUACUGCCUACUGAACAACAACAAAUAUUGAAUGAAAUUUGCCUAUUCUUUGAAAAUAAAUCAGAUUUUUUCAUUCCGGAUUGUGCAUCUCAUGUUAAUGUUAUAGAUGGUGAUUAUGAAGGGUUGUAUGGGUGGUUAUCGAUAAACACCUUAAUUGGUGCAUUUGGUGAUCCUUCUUCUCAUCAACAUGGGAAAAAUCACACCACAUAUGGGUUAUUAGAUAUGGGAGGUGCUUCAACUCAAGUGGUUUUUCAACCUAAUAUAACUGAAGUUGAUGAACAUCAGAAUAACUUAUAUCAUCUAGAUUUACGUCAAGUGCCUACAAUUGAUGAUAAUAAUCAGGAUUAUAAAGUUCCUCAACAAGUUGAGUAUAAUGUUUACUCUGAUUCAUUUUUGGGGUUUGGAAUGUAUCAAGCAAGAAGCAAGUACAUGAAAUCACUUAUUGCUUCUGAUGAUAAAGAAGACGAAUAUCAUUAUUGGGGGUUGAGUAAAUCCCCCAUUAAUGACCCAUGUAUACCAAAGGGGUUCACAACAUCAGAUUAUGUAAAUGAUCGUUCAUAUGAUUUCAUUGGAGAAUCCGAUUUCGAAAAAUGUUUAACCGAAAUAUUUCCCGUUUUACAAAACUCUACGCAUGGAGGUGGAGGUCCAAAGACAAAUUGUAAACAAUUUAAUGAAGGUGAUGAAGUUAGUACUUGUUUAUUAAAUGAGUUGAUUCCAUCAUUUGAUUUUGAUGUGAACCAUUUCAUAGGUGUAAGUGGAUACUGGGAUGCGAUUGAAGACUUGUUGUCACAACAACAAGAUGAUAAUAAACGAGACAAGAUGAAGGAUCAAAAAAACACCUAUGAUUAUAAAAAGAUUUUCAACAAGACGCAAAAAGUGUGUUCACAAUCGUGGUCGAGUAUCUUAGAGUUGAACUCACAAAAGGAAUACAAAGAUCAACUCAGUGAGGAGGAAUUAUCAACAUUAUGUUUUAAAUCUUCAUGGAUCCUCAAUUUUCUACAUUUGGGACUUGGUUUCCCAAGGUUUGGUAUUGAUAAUAUCACCAAUGACAAUAAAGGAUUUGAGACCUUACAAUUGGUUGAACAAUUGGGUGGAUCUUCAUUCUCAUGGGCAUUAGGACGAGCUGUCCUUUAUGCUAAUGAUGAAUAUAUUCAAGCUUAUAACAAUCAUACCAAACGGAUUGCCAAUGAUGAUAAAACAGAGUCAACCAUUCAAGUCAAACGACCGGGGUUUUAUCACAGUUCAUCUCCUAAUAUCUACCAAUUUGGUGCUGAACAAAAUGGUAUUAUGUCAAGACCAAGCUAUGUCAAAAUGGACGCUACUAAAUUACACUAUUUUGAUUAUGAAACUAAUGAAGAAACUGAUCAUGAAUCAGCGUGGAAUAUUGAACCUCAUCGAUGGUAUGGGCUCAUUAUAUUUGCCGUAUUGUUGAGUUUUGUAAUGUGGUUGAUGUUGGGAGUCAGGAACAGAGCAUUGUUUGUGACUAAAGUUACCAGUGGGUUGAAGAAGUUGAUCAAGAUGACUCCUGGGUACAAUGAAGCGAAGUAUACUAGUGUACCCAGUCGUGGUGGUGGUGGUGGUGUUGAUGAUAUAGAGUUGGGUUUGGAAUUGAAUGAAUUAGGUAAAGAUGUAGAUGACCAAUUUGAAAUUGGAGACGAUGAUGACGAAGAAAGGGAAGAAGAAGAGGGACAACGCAGGGUGUAA